AUGGAAGAGGUUGUCUGCUUCCUUGAACCGGGUAGACCUCCGUUGCUGACAGAAAGCGCGUUUGUGACCGUCGUUGCUACGAUCCUUGGCAUAAUCGUCUUCCUGGCUGAUACUUGGCUUCACAUCACAACUUCGACAGUUUCUUUUGUCGAAAUCAGCCCGAUCACAGGGGCAGCAAACUACAGCCUCUUGCUCACGCCAGGCUGCUUGACAUCGAACAAUUCUCACGCCGCGGAUGCUGAAUUAUGCAACCUAGGCUGGUCAGGGUCGGCGACAUUCUUGGCCGAUAGUGUCAAGUCUUUGCAGGUUCUUAACAAGGUCUCUGACACCAUCGCCGUGUACAACAACGGUCCGGACCCGAUAUACCCCUACCUUGGAAUCCCGAUGUCAGGCGAUAUAGCAAGCCGUGACUAUACUGCCACAACAUUUGGCCUGAGGACCGAAUGUAAGCCCUCGUCCAGGCAGUGCAAUUUGAACGGCUUCAGUGGCGCAUCGACGCCCUUUCAUUGCACCAAUGCAUUCUACGGCGACCUUAAAACGACCGCCGACGGCUGGAUAUCCACUUACUUCUCCGACGCGGCAAUGUCGUCCAACGAGACGUUCUAUGGCGUUCAAAACCCCUAUUAUUACGCCAUCGGCGCGCUCUUUGGCACCGUGCAGCCGGCGAGUCUGGAGCAUGAAACGCAAAUUGUAACGCCCAUGCAUGGGGGCAUCGCGUUCAUACUAUCCUGCGCCAUCGCCACGUACGACAUCGAGUACGACUCGAUCAACGGCACUGUGACGCGCUUUGUGGCCACUCUGAGCAAUGCAUCCGUGGCGAACGUCUGGCAAUUACCCAUGGCAGAGGCCCAUGUUGCGCAGUCGAAUCUACAGACCGCAGCAUUGAUCGCUGCGACCACUGCCACUAACGCGCAGGAUCUCGCCGACCAGUACGCCCUCGCAUACAGCAAGGCUGCGCUGGGUGUGGGGGCGCAGUCGGUUCAACUGGCUCCUGCGCUUGCGGUGCAACAACGGUCCUCGUUCCUCGUGACGAGGCUGCUGACGGCGCCGUUGUUCUGCUUGAUCGCGGCUAAUCUGGCGUUUGUGCUUCUGGGCACCGCACUGACGUAUGUAGCAGUGUCGACGUCUGGAGGUGAGGUGCGGGACAUUCAAGCACGGCUUAGCAUUGUAGGACUGGUAGCGGACCGCUUCGAGGGGGACAAGGCCUCGUCGUCAGCGGUGGGGGUAGACCAGCUAUUCGAGGAGCACCAGGGAAGUUCGAGUUCGGUGGUGGCGAUCGAGCGCACCAUGGCUGGCGGAUAUGCGUUUAGAACAUGGUCAAAGAUCGGCGAUGAGAUAUAG